CUGUGGUUGUCAAAAAUCAAUCAGCUGUUGACGAUUUCUAUGCUUUCGGUUGCUUGGCUGUGUAAUCUCCUCCAAGCAGACAAGUUUUGUCAGACAAGUUGAUCAGUCGGUUGGAAAAAGAAAAGUUCUUAUAAUUUCGAAAUUUGUGUAUUUAUUUUAGAUAGUCUCUAUUAAGUACGGUGUCAAUGCCAGGCAUGAACAAUAUGGAAGAACUUUGUGCCAUACUUGCCAAAACGCGUGAUCCUUCAGCGCAAAAGGAACAAGAUGAGAUUUUGUUGCAGCCCUUCGCCUACAUACAACAAAUACCAGGCAAGCAAUUUCGCUCCGAAUUGGCCUUGGCAUUCAAUCACUGGCUAAAUAUUCCGGCUGAAAAACUACACCAGAUUGGCGAAAUUGUGCAAAUGCUGCAUAAUUCUAGCUUAUUAAUUGAUGAUAUUGAAGACAAUUCAAUACUUCGCAGAGGUGUUCCUGUCGCCCACUCCAUAUAUGGCGUGGCGAGCACUAUGAAUGCUGCCAAUUAUGUGCUUUUCCUUUCGCUGGCAAAGGUGCAACAGUUGGGUCAUCCAGAGGCUACCAAUGUCUACACCGAACAACUGUUGGAAUUGCAUCGUGGUCAGGGCAUGGAAAUAUAUUGGCGUGAUAGUUUUACCUGUCCAUCCGAAUCGGAUUAUAAAUUGAUGACCAUACGUAAGACCGGUGGUCUCUUUAUGCUUGCCAUACGUUUAAUGCAACUCUUUAGUGAGAAUAAAGAGGAUUUCACCAAGUUGACAGCCAUACUUGGCUUGUAUUUUCAAAUACGUGAUGAUUAUUGUAAUUUAAGUUUAAAGGAGUAUACACAAAACAAAAGUUUCGCCGAGGACUUGACGGAGGGCAAGUUCGGAUUUCCAGUUAUACAUGCUGUGCGUUCGCAGAAACACGAUAAACAAGUUUUGCAUAUUCUGCGACAGCGCACUCACGACAUUGAAGUGAAGAAGUAUUGUAUUGGUUUGCUGGAGAAAUUGGGCAGUUUUCAGUAUACGCGUGAAGUGCUAGAAUCUCUGGAUAAGGAAGCAAGAGCAGAGGUCGAACGCUUAGGCGGCAAUCCUUAUAUGGAUUUACUGCUAAACAAACUGUUGUCAUGGAAGGCUACCGAGAAUCAUACUAAUCACAAUAAUAUUCCAUCGCCGAGCAAUCAUAAUAGCAAUUAACAGCCAAAGAGGCAAAAGAGGGAAAUUUGAAUUGACAUCAACAAUGUUAAUUCGCCAACCUCUUUUGCUGCUAAGAAUGAAAUGAAUUUGAUAGAAGUUUUUUUGCAAAAACUAAAUAUUUUUUAAACUACAUACAUACAUAUUUAUGUAUUCUACAAGCGCCUAAUUAAGAGCCUAAAUUUAAUGUUGAUUUGUAAUUAUUAGAAAUAUACAUACAUACAUACACCUAAUUACAUACGCAUACAUAAGUAUGUGUGUAUUUAUAAAUACACACAUGCAAGGCAAUAAUAUUUAAGCAAAUAUGUGUUAAAACACUCACUAAUGCACUCAAGCGCCUAAAACUAGACUUAAAAAUAUAUAAACGCACCGAUAUACUCGAAAUUUUAACACGUGGACCAUGAAUUUGAUAAUACAUACAAGAAAAAAGAAAAAAACAAAGGCAAAGCUCAAGGAGAGAAGACUUUGUACACAAAAGUUUUGGUUCUAGCAAGAAAAAUAAUUGUAAAUUUGAAAUUUUCUUUAAAAUCUACUACUUUUUUCAUACUUUUGUAAGUUAAUAAUUAAUAAUGUUUAUUUUAAGCUUUUUUUUGAAUCCAAGUAUAUAAGCGGUGCUCAAACCUCGAACUUGAAAUAAUUCGCUUAAUUAUUUAUUAUAUUCAUAUGGCGAAUCGAAGCAUUACGUUUUUUUCUUUCGAUAUUUAAGAAAAAUGUUUACGAAAAAUUUUUGAAAAACAAUUUGUCAACGCAUUUCACCAUACACCAUACGCACUUUUAUUGUUGUAAUGUGUGUUAAUUUUUAUAAGAUACUUGUUAUAAAUCGCGUUGAUUGUAUGUAAAAUAAUUCCAAUUCUCUUUAAGUACUCUUUAUGUACUUAAUAUUCUAAAUCGAUGUAUUUAACUUUAAUUAAGCGAUGUUUUAACAACAAAAACAACAAAAAAACAUAAAAUUAAAACGUUAUUAAAGUUUAAAAUAUCAGUAAUUAACUUAAAAGGAAAUUCGCACGUUUAAAAAAUAUAUAUUGUUAACUAAAUAAUCAUAAAAUAGUCACACACACACACACACACAGAGAUUCAAACAUACUCCAACACACGCACGGUGGUGUCAUGUCUGAGGUCACAAAAUAUUAGUUGAGAAAAUAUUUUUAUAAUAAAAUAAUAUUGCUAAAGUAGUAAUUUAUGUUAUUGUUAUAAA